CUACUCAGCCUCGGAUCCUGGAAGAACUAGAUCGCUUCCAUGUCAUUCGCCCAUUCGCAAGAAUGUUCUCUGCACAGGAGGAUGAGGAAGAGGUGAUUCAAGACAGCCUAGGAGCCACAUUCCUGGCAUGGGCAGUCGAACCGGAGCUAUAUAUCUACGCAACGGAGAAGUCGAAAGCUCAUCCAAGUCUGCUCCAAGCCUUACUCAACUAUGCCUUGCACUAUGGACUUUACGGGAAGUAUAUGGACCAGGAUCCGAUUAUGCUUAAGCACUUGCUUGGUGGUGGUGGUCCUGAGGCAUUGAAUGAUGAGAAUAGUGCCCCAUUGACUGCUUGGCUGCUUGGCAGAGGUUGAUAUCUGCUUGCCGUCAAGUCGCAAUGAUUGAAAAGCAUCGUGGUUUUCAGAGACCACUCCCUCGGUCAUGAACAGGAUGUAAUCGAAGUUUCAGAUUCGCAGCCCGCCAAUGCCUACGCAUUCAACGCCUAGAAGAAGACCCAACAGAUAUAAGUAGAUUGGAGUACUAUGAAGUAAUGUA